GGAUAAACCUCAUCCACUGGAGUUGUUUGUUCGCUUUGGAGAAUACUUCCUUCAUCUCAGUGCAUUCACUCCGAACAACUUCAGGUGACAGGCACAGCAGACAGACAUCCACCGAUACGGCUGUGGAAGAGCCGAUAGCCGAGGCAUGCAAGCCAUUUGUCAACGUCAGUAAUAACCAAUUUUUCAGUCCCGGAUACCCCGCAGACACCUACACAAAUAAUACGGAUUGUGUAGUCGUAUUGGAAGCUCCCACCGGCCACCUCAUCAAGCUGGACUUCCGCGACUGGUUCGAGAUCGAGCAGAGCCCCGACUGCAAGAACGACUUCCUCGAAGUGCGCGACGGUGCGCACGGCUUCAACAGCCUGCUGCACCGGCCCUUCUGCGGGAUCAACAGCUUCCCGCCCAUGAUGACGAGCAGCGACAGGCACCUGUGGAUCCACUUCAAGAGCGACGAGAACAUCGAGUACAGGGGCUUCAAGGCGGUGUUCGAGUUCAUCCCGAGGCCUUCGAGUCUGAGAACCCCAGAAAUGAUCCCAUGCUAUAUGAACCACACGUUGGAGGAAGAGGGAGAAUUUGGAAAAUUCGACAUAGAUAAUGAUACCCUAACUUUUUAUACAGUUAACGAAAUGCCUAUCGAUUGCCUGUGGUCCAUCACAGUCAAAAAUAAUUGGCGAGUGUAUCUUCAAUUUGCCGAAUUCAAUCUCGAAAAACCAAACGACUGCCACAGCAACUUCGUACAAGUGUUUUCUAAUAGGACCGACAUGUCUACGGAAUACAAGGAAUUUUGUGGGUCCAUAGCUGAUACUGUUCUUUCCACGGGUAGCAAAAUGUUCGUUAGGUUCUUUUCGGAGUCCAAGUCGAACAAGACUCUGUUCAGAGCGAAUUUCACCGCUUUCAGAGAUCUUGGACCAGGAAAGAACCUGAAAUGCCAGAAAAAUGAAUUUUAUUGUGAAGACGCCACAUGUAUUCACGAAGACCUGAAAUGCAAUAAGAAAUUUAACUGCAGAUUCAGGUGGGAUGAAGAAGAUGAUGAUUGCCAGAACUCCAAUUCCAUGACGUGGUCAGGAGACCACAUCAUCAUCAUCAUGGUGAUUUUCUCAUUAAUAUUGACGGGGAUGUGCAUGACUUUCAUAUACAAUUGUAUCACGAAACUCAUAAGGGACCACCGUACAAUACAAGAGUACAUCCGGCAGAGCCGCGAGCAUCAGCUGAACGAGCUGGAGAAGCACGCCCCGUCGCACCAGAAGAGCGAGCCGCCCGCCAGACCGGGUGGCCGUUCUUCGAGGCCGCGCGACUCCCCCUCCCCCUCGCUCGAUUCGGAGGGCGGCCGCAUUGCCGCCCACUCUACGGCGCCGUGCUACGUGCCGGGCGGCGACCUGCUGCCCAUCCUCGUGAGGAGCGAACGGGGGACGAGUCCUGCCGACGGAGACGCGUAUAACACAGAUAUUUAUACGGUGGACGACGACUGCCCGCCCCUGAUGUGCGACAGCGCGUGCCAGACGCGCGAGAGCCUCUUCACGACGCAGGGCUACAGCUCGGGCAACAGCACGCCCAGCCGCCGCAGCGCCCACGCCCACUCGCCACCCGCCCCCUUCAGCACCUUCGGGUACAAGAAGCCAGAGGGCAAGUUCAGGGCGGAGGCCAAGAUCGAGAUGCACACGAAGAAGUUCAGUGUGGCGCCCAACGAGUACGAAGACGGCAAGAGGAGGCCGUACAGCGUCCAGACGACGAAAUCGGCGCCCGACGUUAUUGUG